GGCGAAGAAGAAGAGAAGGCGAACAUAUCCGAACUAGCGAAAGACAGUAUUUUGUUUCUGUGUUUAUCGCUUACGUUCAGUGUCUUCUGCAGUAGCAGGUCGAGAGAAGCAGUGUGCUGUGAUGUUUCCUCGCUGUGUGUUGAACUGCUGAAGCUCGGAGCGGUGGUCGUGCUGUGGAGCUGCUGAGAUGAGGGUCAGCCUCUCUUCACUCGGCGCUGCCGCCUUCAGGACGGCGUUUGAUUUUGGUCAGAGAGAAGUGGCUCACUGGUUCCCUGGACACAUGGCUAAAGGACUCAAGCAAAUGAGAGCCAGUUUGAGGAAAGUGGACUGCAUCAUUGAAAUCCAUGACGCAAGAAUACCAUUUUCUGGAAGAAAUCCUCUGUUUCAAGAGAAUCUUGAUGUCCGGCCACAUUUACUUGUGCUGAAUAAGAUGGACUUGGCAGACACAUCCAAGAAAUGGAGUAUUCUGAAACAGCUUGAGAGAGAUGGUGUUAAGAACAUUCUGUUCACAGACUGCCUAAAGCAAAGAGAUGACAGUGUUAAAAAGAUAGUUCCUCUUGUGACUGAACUAAUACAGAAUGCACCACGUUUCCACAGAGAAGAGGACAGAAGUUACUGCCUAAUGGUGAUUGGAGUGCCAAAUGUGGGGAAGUCCUCACUGAUUAAUGCUUUAAGAAGAACAAACCUGAAAAAAGGCAAAGCCUCAAGGGUUGGUGGUGAACCAGGAAUUACCAAAGCUGUCUUGACCAAAAUUCAGGUUUGUGAAAGGCCCCUCAUGUAUUUACUGGACACACCAGGAGUGCUGCCUCCAAAGAUUGAGAACAUAGAGACUGGAAUGAAGCUUGCUUUAUGUGGUACCAUAUUGGACCAUUUAGUUGGAGAGGAUAUCAUAGCAGAUUAUCUUCUUUUUUCACUGAACAGACUACAGCGAUUUGGGUACGUGGAAAAGUACGAGCUGGAAGGACCAUGUGAUGAUAUUCAGCAUGUACUCAAGUGUAUCGCUGUGAAGUUAGGCAAGACUCAACGUGUGAAAGCUAUUACUGGUAUAGGUGACGUCACGAUCAAAAUGCCUAACUACAGUGCUGCAGCCUACGACUUCAUCAGAGCUUUCCGCAAAGGAGAGCUUGGCAAAGUCAUGCUUGACUGAUAACCCAAGAAAGCAAUUGCUUCUGUUAACAUGGGAUUCAUGAUAUUCAUGGACAAUACAGCUGGUUUCCCUGUAUGAGGGCAGGUUUGACACUGCAGACUGAAGAGGUACUUGCGUUUAAUACAUUAACUAAAUUCUAUUGCAAAGGAGAUGCUUUGGUGCUGUCACUCAAUAUCGUACAGUUAUCAUGUGAUACACAGGAAAUGCUAUAUGUAAUACCAUUAUAACAGUUCAAAAACACCAACAAUAAAAUAUCUAUUUACAUAAAACAGAUGUCCUAGGUAAUACUAAAACAGCACCUUGAAUAUUCUCAUUGAAAAAUAAUUUCUCAUGUCAUGUAAACAUUCCAGGGAACCACGAUAGAGGUCAGUGGUAGAAAAAUGUGACCCAGUAACACUGCUCUAAGAAUAUACAACUUCAGGAAUAACAAAACUAAGCAAUCAAGUCACAAAUGCAUAUAGAUAAAGCUGCUGU